GGAUGUCAACCGUGCCGGAAGAGAAGAGGGUCCUUUUCCAGCCAUCUUGUGGCUUCAUCUAGCGAAGUGUUCGCACUAAGCCUCGUAGAAUCGGAGGAAAAUCCUGCUGAAGGGGCGCCAUCAUGCCCGGACAAAUGCAAGAAGGUUUUGGCUGUGCCAUAACCAAUCGAUUCGACCAGUUAUUUGACGAUGAGUCGGAUCCGUUUGAGCUGCUGAAGCAGGCCGAAGUUAAGAAGAAGAAGGAGCCUGCUGCUCCUGGUGCCGCCAAGACUGCAGCCCAGGCUGCCAAGCAGCCAAAAAAGGAGUCCCAAAAAGACAGAAAGACACCCCUCGCUGACAAAAAGGAGGAGACCCAGGCACCUGUCCCACUUAAAAAAGACGGCGCUGGGAUGAGAAAAAUGGGCCGAAAGAUAGAGGUUGAAGGCUCCAGACCUCAGGGCAACCAGGGAGAGGGGCGGCCUCCUGCUGACAGACGGCCUGUGGACAGGCGGCCACCUCGCCGUUUCGAGAGACCUGCUGGCGACGCUGGAGAGAAGCCUGAAGGUGGCGAGUUUUCAGUAGAAAAGCCUGUUGGUGAAAGGCCAAUGAGGGGUCGCGGUGGUGCCAGGGGAGGCCGUGGCGGCCGAGGGCGGGGCAUGGGUCGCAGCGAUGGCUUUGAUUCCAGGGGAAAACGAGAAUUUGACAGACACAGUGGCAGUGAUCGAUCUACUCUGAAAGGUGAGGAGAAGCGUGGUGGAAGUGGAUCUCACAACUGGGGCACCGUGAAGGAUGAGCUGAAGUGUGAACUUGACCAAUCUAACGUCACUGAGGAGAACCCUGAAGGAGAGGAGCACCCACCUGCUGACUCGGAGAACAAAAGGGAGAAUGAGGUUGAAGAAACGAAGGAAGAAGGUCCCAAGGAGAUGACUCUGGAUGAAUGGAAGGCUAUGCAGGACAAAGAAAGAGCCAAAGUAGAAUUUAACAUCCGAAAGGCCAACGAGGGAGCUGACUGGAACAAAGGAUUCGUGCUGCACAAAUCCAAGGCUGAGGAUAAGAAAGGUGAGCUAACCGAGGAAAUUGAAGAGCCAAAGGUGGGAGACGAUGAACACCACUUCCGGAAACCAGCCAAUGACAUCACCUCCCAGUUGGAGAUAAACUUUGGUGACCUGGGCCGUCCGGGCCGUGGACGUGGCGGACCACGCGGUGGCCGAGGGGGUCGAGGCCGUGGUGAUGCCCGCGGUGAUGGCCGCGGUGAUGCCCCUAGGCCGACUCGUGGAGGAAGGACUGAUCGGUUUUCUGCGUCGGUGCCAAAUGUGGACGACCCAGAGGCCUUCCCAGCCCUGGCUUAGCUCUGGCUGUUCACCCUCAGGCCUACAGGAGCCUCCUGAGCACCUCCACUACGAGGCUUGCAUGUUCCUGGAUCCUUCAGCAAAGUCAAAUGAUGGAGAAGACUGUCAUAACUAUGACACUCUUACGUGAGGACUGAGUUUUAUCCAAUAAAAAAUUUGACAAAUAUGGAAAAAAAAGAAAUUAACAAAAAAAUACAUAAAAAGAAAAGGACUUCUUGCUACUCCGGAGCAGCUUGUUGGUAGAGGUUUUGUACUUUGAAACAAAGUAGCAGGGAUGUUUUCAUACAGUAUUUUUUUCAGAGGUUAUGCAUUGUCCAUUAAUAAAGUUUUGUAAUUGCUGCUUGAAAAUAUGCAUUUUUGAAAUGUAAGCAAAAUAAUUCUUUUCUUUUUUUCUUUUCUUUUCUUUUUUUUUUUUUGGCGUGGUGAUUGCUGUUGCUAGUUUUCUUUAAAAUGGGCACUGUGGAGCUCCACCUCAAGCUUGAAAGCUGUGCCUCAUGGGGGCAUUUCUGAUGAAGUUAAAGCUCGACUCAAUGAGAUUUUAGGAUUUUUUUCUUUAGCACUGAUAUGUUUUAUAUUUUAUACGGAAGGUCUAUUCUUAUAUGAUCUUCAACCUAUAAAUUAGCUAUUUUCAUACCUUGUUUCAGAGACUAUUUCACCUGGUGCACAUAGGAUACAGUGUGAUCUCGGCUCGAGAUGCUGCCUACAUUUUAAUGCACAUAUGAAAAAGCCACUUAAAUUGGAAUUUUUUUAAACUCAAGUGUUAAACUACAUUUGGUCAUUGUGGUGAAACACAACCUGAGAUGUUGGUCUAAAGGAUUGUGUCCAUCUCAAUUUCACCAUCUCUUUUUUCAUCCAUUUUUGUCCUUGGUUUAUGGACAUGCGCUAGUUAGUGACUGCCUUUAGUUUAACUUAUGAGUGAAAAGAAGAGGGUGUGUUUUUGCACAGCUGAGAUGCAGCUAAAGCCCCUCUCUGUUUACACACUCCACUCAGCAUCUGUCCACACACACACACACACACACACAAGCCUAACUCAGCUCAGUCCCGGUUUGGUUCAGCAGUGUUUGUGCUGAUUUUUCCUCUACUGUUGCUCGGUAGCCUCCACAGUGGUACCACUGCAUAAUUGCUCUGAAAGAAAUACAGUUGUCCAUUGUGUGGAACAACUGAAGUGCUCUACAAUUGUGUGAAUUCCAACCCUGCUAUUAGACCUCUGUCGAUAAAUAAAGAUGGUCGACAAAU